GCCUGCUCCGUGGAGCCUUCAAAGCAAUCGCGGACCUUACGAGUCCUAUGUCGCUGGACCCCCAGAAAACAGAACAUGGCAGAUGGGGCGCAAGCCAACCCCAAAGUGUUCAGGAAGAAGGUGCUGGUUAGACACCCCUCUGGGUGGAGGAGCCCAAGUCUCAGGGCCUCUUCUCCUUGGAGAACUUCCAGAUCUAGCUUGGAUAUGAAGAAGUUCUUCGCCAUGGUCAUCCUGGCCGGCAGCGUCCUGCCUGAGGCCCGCAGCAGCCUGCUGAACCUGAAGUCCAUGGUGGAAGCCGUCACGGGGAGGAGCGCCGUCCUGUCCUUCGUGGGCUAUGGCUGCUACUGCGGGCUGGGAGGGCACGGGCUGCCCAUGGACGAGGUGGACUGGUGCUGCCAUGCCCAUGACUGCUGCUACCAGAAACUCUUCGACCUGGGCUGUCACCCCUAUGUGGACCAUUAUGACCACACCAUCGAGAAUAAUACUUCGAUCAUCUGCAGUGAGCUCAACGAGACGGAGUGUGACAAGCAGACCUGCGAAUGUGACAGGAGCGUGGUUCUGUGUCUCCGGAACCAGACGUACGACGAGAAACAUCGCAACCACCUCAACAUCUACUGUCAGGGCCCCACCCCCAACUGCAGCAUCUAUGAGCCGCCCCCGGAGGAGGUGGCCUGAGGACACAUCUCCUCCGCUCCCCCUGCACCUCCCCAGUGCAGAUGGAGACCAGACAGAUGGAGCAGGGGGAGGCGGGGGGAGACUGGGAGCCUGGGGUCUGCCUGGCUCUUUCCUCCCUGGAGCCCCCCCCUCCCCCGCCGUGAGACCGGCCCCAGAGGACUCAGGAAGGUCUGGGCCCUGACUGUGGCCCCCAGGCUCGUCCAGCUCAGCCCUGGGCAUGGCCAUGUCCCGCCAGGGGCCCUAGACUUGGCAGGGAAUGGGUGCCUUGUUGGGGCCUCUCCUGAGUGUGGAAGGCAAGGCCUGAGAGAGAGGAGGUGGGGGCCUCUGCGUGGGGCCUCUGCCCCCGGCCCCAGCCUGACUUCCUCAGCCUGACCCUCAAGGUUGGAGCCCGGAGACCUAGAGACCAAGACCCUGAGCUACCAGCUCAGCCCCAGAGCCUGGUGUGUCCUCAGGCCGCUCCCCAGCCCACUGGCGUGCUGCGCCCAAGGCCUGGGCUCUGGGGGCCUCUUGGCUCCCCUAGGAGAUGAUUCAGGGUGAUCCUUGCUUUCCCUCUAGAGCUCCACGGUGGGGGGCGGGGGGUGGCCCAGAGUCUAGGCCCAGACAUCAGAGGAUGGCCACAGUGUCAGCCCCAAAGUCUGGCCUCAGAUCAGUCUGCAGGGCACCCACAGAACCCACGUCCCCAGCGGCACUCCCCUCGGUGCAGGGUGACCAAGACGGGGGCACAAAUAGGUCCCCCAACACUCACAGGUCUUCCCCCUCCUCCCUCCUGAGCUGGCCCUAUAAUAUUGCACUGCUCUGAGGAGCAUCAACCCCAGGCUCCUGGGACCCUGACUGACGNGGGGGGGCCCCCCCCCCCCC